AUGGUGCUGAGUGGCCCUACCUCCAACCACAGAGCUACAGAUCCUGGAAUUCCAGUUCUGAGAGCCUUGGGCUCUGGUUUAAGCUCGGAGUUUCUAAAGCUCAUAUGGGACCACUCUGACCUGCCCUUUCCUCUCUUCCAGGAUGCUUUGCUGAGCCUGGGCUCUGUCAUCGACAUUGCAGGCUUGCGCCAGGCUGUCAAGGAGGCCAUUUCAGCCGUGCUCCCCAGAGUGGAGACUGUCUACACCUACCUGUUGGACAGGGAGUCGCGGCUGGUGUGUGAGGACCCUCCCCACGAGCUGCCCCAGGAAGGAAAAGUGCGAGAGGCUGUGAUCUCCCGGAAGCGGCUGGGUUGUAAUGGACUGGGGCUCUCGGACCUGCCUGGGAAGCCUUUGGCCAAGCUGGUGGCCCCACUGGCUCCUGACACCCAAGUGCUGGUCAUACCGCUGGCGGACAAGGAGACUGGGGCUGUGGCAGCUGUCAUCUUGGUGCACUGUGGCCAGCUGAGUGACAGUGAAGAGUGGAGCCUUCAAGCAGUGGAGAAGCAUACCCUGGUGGCCCUGCGGAGGGUGCAGGCCCUGCAGCAGCGCCGGCCCGGCGUGGCCCCCGAAGCUGUCCAGACGCCCCCGGCGGGGACGGCGGGAGACGAGAAGGGNNNGGCGGCGUACACCUACCGGGACGGGAAAAUCCUGCAACUGUGCGGGGAGCUCUACGACCUGGACGCCUCUUCCCUGCAGCUGAAAGUCCUCCAAUACCUGCAGCAGGAGACUCAUGCAUCCCGCUGCUGCCUCCUGCUGGUGUCCGAGGACAAUCUACAGCUCUCCUGUAAGGUCAUCGGAGAUAAAGUGCUGGAGGAAGAUGUCAGCUUUCCGUUGACGAUGGGACGCCUGGGCCAGGUGAUGGAAGACAAGGAGUCUAUCCAGCUGAAAGAUCUCACCUCAGAGGAUGUGCGACAGCUGCAAAACAUGUUGGGCUGUGAGCUGCAGACCAUGCUCUGUGUCCCUGUCAUCAGCCGGGCCACGGACCAGGUGGUGGCCUUGGCCUGUGCCUUCAACAAGCUCGGAGGAGACUCAUUCACCGACCAGGACAAACAUGUGAUCCAGCAUUGCUUUCACUACACCAGCACGGUGCUCACCAGCACCCUGGCAUUCCAGAAGGAGCAGAAGCUCAAGUGUGAGUGCCAGGCUCUUCUUCAAGUGGCAAAGAACCUCUUCACUCACCUGGAUGACGUCUCUGUCCUGCUCCAGGAGAUCAUCACAGAGGCCAGAAACCUCAGCAAUGCUGAGAUCUGCUCCGUGUUCCUGCUGGAUCAAAAUGAGCUGGUGGCCAAGGUGUUCGACGGGGGCGUUGUGGAGGACGAGAGCUAUGAGAUACGCAUCCCGGCCGAUCAGGGCAUAGCGGGCCACGUGGCGACUACAGGCCAGAUCCUGAACAUCCCGGACGCAUACGCGCACCCGCUUUUCUACCGCGGUGUGGACGACAGCACGGGUUUCCGCACGCGCAACAUCCUCUGCUUCCCCAUCAAGAACGAGAACAAGGAGGUCAUCGGUGUGGCCGAGCUGGUGAACAAGAUCAAUGGACCAUGGUUCAGCAAGUUCGAUGAGGACCUGGCCACGGCCUUCUCCAUCUACUGCGGCAUCAGCAUCGCCCAUUCCCUCCUUUACAAGAAAGUGAAUGAGGCCCAGUAUCGCAGCCACCUCGCCAAUGAGAUGAUGAUGUACCACAUGAAGGUCUCUGAUGAUGAAUAUACCAAACUUCUCCAUGAUGGGAUCCAGCCCGUGGCUUCCAUUGACUCCAACUUCGCCAGUUUCACCUACACCCCUCGCUCUCUUCCCGAGGAUGACACUUCCAUGGCCAUCCUCAGCAUGCUGCAGGACAUGAAUUUCAUCAACAACUAUAAAAUUGACUGCCCGACACUGGCCCGGUUCUGUUUGAUGGUAAAGAAGGGCUACCGGGACCCACCCUACCACAACUGGAUGCACGCCUUCUCUGUCUCUCACUUCUGCUACCUGCUCUACAAGAACCUGGAGCUCACCAACUACCUCGAGGACAUCGAGAUCUUUGCCUUGUUUGUUUCCUGCAUGUGUCAUGACCUGGACCACAGAGGCACAAACAACUCCUUCCAGGUGGCCUCGAAAUCUGUGCUGGCUGCGCUCUACAGCUCUGAGGGCUCUGUCAUGGAGAGGCACCACUUCGCUCAGGCCAUCGCCAUCCUCAACACCCAUGGUUGCAACAUCUUCGACCACUUCUCCCGGAAGGACUAUCAGCGUAUGCUGGACCUGAUGAGAGACAUCAUCCUGGCCACAGACCUGGCCCACCACCUGCGCAUCUUUAAGGACCUCCAGAAGAUGGCUGAAGUGGGCUAUGAUCGAACCAAUAAGCAGCACCACAGCCUCCUCCUCUGCCUCCUUAUGACCUCCUGUGACCUCUCUGACCAGACCAAGGGCUGGAAGACCACAAGGAAGAUUGCAGAGCUGAUCUACAAAGAGUUCUUCUCCCAGGGAGAUUUGGAGAAGGCCAUGGGCAACAGGCCAAUGGAGAUGAUGGACCGUGAGAAGGCUUACAUCCCUGAGCUGCAGAUCAGCUUCAUGGAGCACAUCGCAAUGCCCAUCUACAAGCUGCUGCAGGACCUGUUCCCCAAAGCGGCAGAGCUGUAUGAACGCGUGGCCUCUAACCGUGAGCACUGGACCAAGGUGUCGCACAAGUUCACCAUCCGAGGCCUCCCGAGCAACAACUCACUGGACUUCCUGGAUGAGGAAUAUGAGGUGCCUGAGCUAGAUGGCACUAGGGGCCCUGUCAAUGGCUGUUGCAGCCUUGACACUGAGUGAGCCACUCCCAGGACCCUUCCCAGCCCAGGUCUGCUCCUACAACCCUCCACUGGCCUGUCCAAAUGCCCUGGGACCAAAGCCAUGGGUCCUAGGUUUAUGACCAGAACUUCCCGUGUGACCUGGGCAAGUGUUGACCUUCCAGGCCUCAGUGUUCUUGUCUGUAUAAUGGAAGCAAGACUUCAAGCCGCACCAAGACUUUGUCAUUUGUCCUCUGAGAGCACAGGGAUGACCCAUGAGUAGUGGGCCCUGCUCUGCACCUCUGAUCACACCUUGGCAAGUCCUCCCCAAGCCACUCCUUCUCUGAGGCAGCCUGAAUGGCUUCUCUUAGACCCCAGUCCUGCCCCACCAGAUCUGUGCCCUUUUCCCCUCUCCAGGAUCCUCAUACAAGGAGAAGGUGGGGCAUCUCAGUGAGCAGAGGGUGGGUCUUAGAAUCAGUCAUUACCUCUGCUGGAGGACUAGAAAUAGCCAUAGGGCCACAGGUGCCUCUGAGGACCACCAUUAUACUUAUGGUGAGGAUGGGGUACUGGGGGUGAUUGAUGCAGAGACUCCAUGAGGAAGCUGCCAGAGAGGCAUUUAGUGCUCUGGGAGAAGGGGCUCAGGAAGAAAGCAGGAUGGAAACAAUGGGCAGGAAGGAUCCCUGGGCUGGGAGACCGGCCCCUGUUGAGUCAGCAAUGCUUCCUCCUGGCUGUGUGACCCUGGGCAAGUCCCUUCCCCUAUCUGUGUGAAACAGGAGGGUGAGACAAUCUGUUCUCUGAGACCCCUUUUAGAUCGAAGUCCUUGGAGAAGCCAUGGAAUGCCCCUGAAACCGUAGGGCAAAGAGCCGACCCUGAGUCCCUCAGUGGCCCCCUGAGUGUACCCCCUUAGCCCGAGCCCUUCCCCCAUUCCUGUAGCUAGAGAGGGACCUGGCCUCAGCCCUGGCAGGGUGUCUCUCUUCUUCAAGGCCAUAUCCACCCAUGCCCCGGGCUUGGGAGACCCCACAGGGCCAGGCCUCUUGGGUCAGCCCGGCAGCUUCUCCCUUCUCUUGUUCUGUAUGUGUUGUGGGGUGGGGGGAGGGGGGCCACCUGCCUUACCUAUUCGGAGUUGCCUUUAGAGAGAUGCGUUUUUUUAGGACUCUGUGCAACUGUUGUAUAUGGUCUCGUGGGCUGACCGCUUUGUACAUGAGAAUAAAUCUAUUUCUUUCUACCACA